UCAUCACACAGCAGAAGCAGCAGAACGAUCGCGCUGAACCCCGGAAGUGUGUGUGUUCCUCGUUAUUAUUUCACAUCUAUAGAAUCUCUUUAACAGCCCUUGAAAUGAAAUUAUUUCUUUAUUUGUGUUUAUCACUCAUCUGGGGAUCACAGCCGGUGGAUAAACAUUUAAUCUGAAGCCGGUCCCAGACUGCGGAUGCCUUUAAGUUCAGACCCAACAGGGUUUGAGAGGAUGUUUCUGUGAGGGUCACUCUGUAUGGACAGAAUGCAGUCUUCGGGACACCGGUUGAGGGACGUGGAGCAGCAUCAGCCUCUGCUCAAUGGAGGAGAGGAGGAGGUGGCCUCCGGUCGCGUCUGGUUCAUUCAGGACAGCUGCGGGAUGGUGUGCGCCUUCAUGACCUGGUUUCUGGUGAUGUACGCUCAGUUUGUGGUCAAUUUCGUCAUGCUGCUCCCUUCAAAAAGCUUCUGGUACUCUCUCAUCAACGGCGUGGCCUUCAACUUCCUGGCCGUGCUAGCACUGACGUCGCACCUGCGGACCAUGCUGUCUGAUCCGGGAGCGGUUCCUAAAGGGAACGCCACUAAAGAAUACAUGGAGAGCUUGCAGCUGAAGCCGGGAGAGGUGAUCUACAAAUGUCCCAAAUGCUGCAGUAUUAAACCAGAGCGAGCGCACCACUGCAGUAUCUGUAAGAGAUGCAUCAGGAAGAUGGAUCAUCACUGCCCGUGGGUCAACAACUGUGUGGGCGAGAGCAACCAGCGAUUCUUCGUCCUCUUUACUAUGUACAUAGCCUCUAUUUCUUUGCAUGCGCUCUGUCUCAGCGGUUUCCACUUCGUCACCUGUGUUAAAGUCCAGUGGAACGAAUGCAGUGAUUUUUCUCCUCCUGUGGCCGUCAUGCUCCUGAUUUUCCUCUGCUUAGAAGCGCUGCUGUUUCUCACCUUCACCGCUGUGAUGUUUGGCACUCAGAUUCACUCCAUCUGUAACGAUGAGACGGAAAUCGAGAGGCUGAAGAAUGAGAAGCCCACAUGGGAGAGGCGGGUGCGAUGGGAGGGAAUGAAGGCCGUUUUCGGCGGCCCGCCCUCUCUUCUGUGGUUCAACCCUUUCGCUGGACUCCGCCUCCGGCGCCUGCUCAUGGUCCGCGGUCGGAAGGGCGGGGCAGAGUUCUCUGUUUGAGCGAAGAAUGUCGUACACUUGUAUGCCUAGAACCCCACUCAGAUUGGAGUUCUUCCUUAAUGCUGUGGCAGGUUUGAUGGUACUACAAUAAAAUCCUGCACAAUUAUUGACGUUGCACCUGGAACAAUGAGGCUACGACUCGACACGGCCCGUCUGUGUCCACACGUUAUUACCUCCUAAGGCGGAUCGUACUUGUUUUGCUUGCAUCGUCUUCAUGAACGUGCACACUCAUGGAUUUAGUUUCUUUUCAAGUGGACUAGGUUUUGGAAAUUUCAAAACAUUUAAAGGAUGUCAAUGUCUCUUAUUCAGCCUAAAGAAAUCACUUGCUGUUUAAAUAGAGCUACUGUGUGACUAAACUCAUUCUCAUCUCCGGUUACCAAAUGCUGGUUGAUCAAAUACAUCAUAAACCAAACAGAAUUUUGUAAGGGAAUGUGUUUUGCCAAAAAUGGUUUGUUGGGUGAAUCUCUGUUAGAAAAUGUCAAGGUCAUAUUUCACCUCUAAAACAAAAGAAUUAAACAAAAGUCUUUUUUAGGACCAUUUAAAUGUUUUUAGCAUAGUUGACAUACAAAAGUCUCAUUCUUAUUCAUGCAAUGUGAAUGUGGCCAUUCUAUGUUUAAAUCAAUCAUAAUAUGCAUUUUUGAUUUACAGUAACGAUUUUUUAAGUAUUUGUUGGUGCUUUCCUACAUUCACGCACCACAGAUUUCUUCUUGAUUUUGUGGUGAAAUAUUCGUCUUAAACAUUUCUUGAGAUUCACCCUCAUAGGUAUUAAGAGCUUGCAGCUAGCAUCUAUCUCAUAAUGUAAGUGAUGAUGUCAUUUUAAAUCAUCUUGUCUUCAUGUAUUGUAGAGAUAACUAGAGCCUCGUUCUGUAAAAUGAACGCCAGUCCCACAAAAUGCUUAUAGCUAGAUGGACAUGGUAACUAUAUACAUCUUACACAUGCUGUUCUGGUAGAUAAAGAUAAAUCGCAUUAUGACAUACGUGAUUAAAGUAUGUCCACAUCAGGUCCAUGAUACUGAGCUGACUGUCAUAGAGGCUGACUAUCACGUUUUUAUUUCAUGUCGCAUCUUUUGUUGUCAUCACUUUUAAUCGGUAGUCUGCGUGUAUCUUAGCUUAGAGAAUGGUUUUAUGGUGACCACUGAGUUUUCCUUUUGGAAAAUGUUUUUAUGUAAUAAAGCUGGAAGCCGUUUGGCAGGGUCGAUGCGUCUUACUGCAGGAAUCUAACAAAACCUGCUGACAUAAUAAAAGAAUAAACACUAAAUUGUAAUUUGCAUAAAGAAUGUGGAGCGCAAACCAUAUUGUCAUAUUCUGUCUGUAAACAUCGGGAAUGUUUUGUUCAGGUGCUUUUGGUUGACGUUGGAAGCUCAGGCUGAGAACAAGUCGUUUUGAAUUGCAAAACACCAUUAGUUUCAUAACUAGCUUAAUUUCCCUUAGUAAAAAACUUUGUCAUUUUAUCUUCUUUAUGGUAGGAAAUGUGACCCGAACAGGUUCUGUGAGAUUCAAACUGUAUGAUCGAAAUCAUCGUUUUUUCUUAGAAAAAAAUGCCAUGAUAGAACAAACAGAAUGUUGCUCUAGAAUGGUGCAGGAGGUCACGUGAGGCUUUCUAUCAGCACUCCAUUUCAACAAUCUAGGUAAAUGUGUAUUAACACUCGUGGAUAUUAUGUUUACAAUACUGUCAUGUGUUUUCAGGCAUAAGUUUGGAAAUCAGAAAAUUCGUGUUCAUUAUUUUCUAUAUGAGAUGAGAUGCAUUUGAACAAAAAUGACUAGAAGUUCUGAACCAACUGACAAUGAUUCUUGCAUAUUUAUGAUGCCAGAUACAUCAAUAUAGAUCAAAUCAAUCAGAACGAUUUUGUUUCUCCAGCAUUUUAAUCAUGUUUUGAGUGUGCCAAUGUUAUGAUUUAUUUUUAGGCCCUUGUUUUACACAUUCCCUUAAGAGAUUUUAUAAGAUGUUCCUCAGAUUAGACUGGCUUUAAAUUCUGUUUUAUUAAACAACAUCUGAGUUAUUCUUUUUCUGUAAAGGGAAUAUGUACUAUAUGCAAUCCCUGAAGAUUAUGUGAUGAGACGACAUGCCUUUUAUCAGCACAUCCCUAAGAAUGUAUCUCAUACUUUUUAUACUUUAUAUUUUUUUGCGUAGAGGAACAAUUAUUUGUAAUGUUUUUGAAUUAGACGUGUUUUGCAUUAUGUACUCUGACAGUAUUUGCCUGACAUCAGUUCUAUUUCUAAAAAAAAAAAGUAGACUUGUGAUUCUAGAUAUUACUUGACUGUAAAACUAACUGUAUAAGCAGAGAGUUUUGGUCUUUGAAAGAUUGUUGAAAGCCUUGGAUUUAGUGUGAUCCCGUGGUCAGUGUGAUACCUGUGGCCAUAAUGUCAACAAAAUGUGGAAAACGAAUCUCUAAUUUUUCCCCAUAUUAGAUCAUUCUUCUUACUGGCCUGAACUUGGCUUGUUGAAUACGGAGUUUGCAGGCAGAAAGCUACGGUUGUAAAAUGAUGUCUGUAAUAAAUGUGUAAGCAAAUAUUGUUCUGAUACUUUCAUCAAGUGUCAUGAUGUUCUUAUGUAAAGUUCUUUUACAUAAUAAAAGCCAAUGCAACCCAGUUGUGUUCAG